GGUCAGUAAUACUUCACCCAUUAACUGAGGAUAAUAAACCUGCUGGGGGCGAGAAGCUAAAAAGCUGUGCCAGCUGGGCACAGACUCUUCCAGCAGCUCCCCUCCUGAAGCCUCGCCAUGGCGGCCGGCUUCUUCAUCAGCAAGGGCGUGGGCAUCGCAGCCAUCGUGCUGGGCCUGGGCGCCGUGGCCACCAUCAUCGCGCUCUCGGUGGUGUAUGCCCAGGAGAAGGAGAAGAACGACUCCCUGGAGCCCAACGCCAGCACCACGGCAGUGCCCACCACCCCUCCCCCCAACAACCCCUGGAACCACUGGCGGCUGCCCACAGCACUGGUGCCCGAGUCCUACGAGGUCACCCUGCAGCCCUUCCUGCAGCCCAAAGACAAUGCCAGCUACAUCUUCAGGGGCAACAGCAGCGUCGUCUUCCUCUGCAAGGAGGCCACCGACCUCAUCCUCAUCCACAGCAACAAGCUGAACUACACCAUGCAAGGCUCCUUCCUCGUCUCGCUGCAUGGAGUGGAUGGUGCCACUGUGCCCCCCAUCACUGAGACCUGGCUGGAGGUGCCCACCCAGUACCUGGUGGUGCAGCUGGGGCAGAAGCUGGAGCAGGGAAAGCGCUACCAGCUCUUCAGCAGCUUCACUGGGGAGCUGGCUGAUGACCUGUCUGGCUUCUACCGCAGUGAAUACACCGAUGGCAUGGGCACCAGGAAGGUGGUGGCCACUACACAGAUGCAGGCAGCAGAUGCACGCAAAGCCUUCCCCUGCUUUGAUGAGCCAGCCAUGAAGGCCACCUUCAGGAUGACACUGAUCCACUCCCCUGACGACAAAGCCAUCUCCAACAUGCCCGCUGUCGACUCCUGGCAGCAGCAAAUUGAUGGGGAGACCUGGAAUGUCACCACCUAUCAGACCACCCCCAGGAUGUCCACCUACCUGCUGGCCUUCAUCGUCAGCCAGUUUGACCACAUACAGAACGACUCAGGGGAAGUCCUGAUUCGCAUCUGGGGCCGUCCUGAGGCCAUCGCAGAGGGGCAGGGGGACUAUGCGCUGCAAGUGACUGGCCCCAUCCUCACCUUCUUCGAGAAGCACUACAACACUGCCUACCCGCUGCCCAAGUCCGACCAGGUUGGUCUCCCUGACUUCAACGCGGGUGCGAUGGAGAACUGGGGGCUGGUGACCUACCGGGAGAACUCGCUGCUCUACGAUGCCAACUACUCCUCCAUCGGCAACAAGGAGAGGGUGGUCACCGUCAUUGCCCAUGAGCUGGCACACCAGUGGUUUGGGAACCUGGUGACGGUGCGGUGGUGGAACGACCUGUGGCUGAAUGAGGGCUUUGCCUCCUACGUGGAGUACCUGGGUGCCAACUCAGCCGAGUCCUCCUGGAGAAUCAAAGACCUGAUGGUGCUGAACGAGCUGUAUGCGGCGAUGGCGACGGACGCCCUGACCACCUCCCGCCCCCUCUCCUUCCGCGAGGAAGAGAUCAACACCCCCGCCCAGAUCAGCGAGGUCUUUGACAGCAUCACCUACAGCAAGGGAGCGUCAGUGCUGCGGAUGCUCUCCGACUUCCUCACUGAGGACAUCUUCAAGGAUGGGUUGCAGUCCUACCUCCACACCUUCGAGUACAAUAACACUGUCUACACAGACCUUUGGACUCACCUGCAGCAGGCUGUUGACCGGCAAAACUUGAAUCUGCCCGACUCUGUCAGUGCCAUCAUGGAUCGUUGGAUACUGCAGAUGGGCUUCCCCGUGGUGACUGUCAACACCCUCACCGGCGUCAUCACCCAGACCCACUUCCUGCUGGACCGCAACUCCACGGUGGAGAGACCUUCUGUCUUCAACUAUGUCUGGAUCGUCCCUGUCACCUGGAUGACCAACCAGAGCGCUGGGUCGAGGUUGUGGCUGACCAACGAGUCAGCAACCCACAACGAGUUCAAGGUGAGUGGCCCCAACUGGCUGCUGCUGAACCUGAACGUCAGUGGCUACUUCCGUGUCAACUACAACCCAGAGAACUGGGACCAGCUCCUCAGCCAGCUCUCCAGUAACCACCAGGUCAUCCCCGUGAUCAACCGCGCCCAGAUCAUUGACGAUGCCUUUAACCUGGCCAGGGCCAACUAUGUGAAUGUGACCUUGGCUUUGAACACCACACGGUUCCUGAGCCAGGAGACAGAGUACAUACCCUGGGCAGCGGCACUCAACAACCUGCAGUACUUCCAGCUGAUGUUCGACCGCAGCGAGGUCUUUGGUGUGAUGACGAAAUACAUCCAGAAGCAGGUGCUGCCCCUCUUCAACCACUACAAGACAGUCACCAGCAACUGGACCAAUAGACCUGAGGGCCUGAUGGACCAGUACAAUGAGAUCAAUGCCAUCAACACUGCCUGUUCCUAUGGCAUCACUGAGUGCCAGGACCUGGCCACCAGCUACUUCCAGCAGUGGAAACAAAAUGUCGACCACAACCCGAUCCCCGCGAACCUGCGCUCCUCCAUCUACUGCAGCAUAGUGGCCACGGGUGGGGAGGAGGCCUGGGAUUUCAUCUGGAAGAAGUUCAAGAACGCCACCGUGGUGUCCGAGGCUGACAAGCUCCGCACCGCCCUCUCCUGCAGCCCCCAUCCCUGGAUCCUCAACCGGUACCUGCAGUACACCCUGGACCCCACCAAGAUCCGGAAGCAAGAUGCCACCUCCACCAUCAACAGCAUUGCCAGCAAUGUGGUGGGGCAGCCCCUGGCCUGGGACUUCAUCCGUGGCAACUGGAAAAUGCUCUUCACCCAGUAUGGUGGUGGCUCCUUCUCCUUCUCCCGGCUGAUCCUGGCAGUGACCCAGCGCUUUGCCAGCGAGUUUGAGCUGCAACAGCUGGAGCAGUUCAAAGCCGACAACCAGGACAUCGGAUUCGGGUCGGGCACGCGGGCGCUGGAUCAGGCGCUGGAGAGGACCCGCACCAACAUCAACUGGGUGAAGCAGAACCAGCAGACGGUGCUGCUCUGGUUCCAGGAUGAGACCCCCUCCAGCUAGGCCUGCCUGGCACUGACUGCUGUGCACCCUCCUCCCAGCUGGCAUGGGGUGGGCUGGGUGGCUGAGCCCACCACCGGACCCCCACCCACUUCCCAGCUCUGCUCACUCCAUGGUCCCCGGACCCAAAUGCCCCCAACCCGGACGGGGACUUCACUGGUCCUGAGGGGCAGGGCCUGGUGCCCAUGGG